GGCGGUGCAGCGGUAUUGGCAUUGCUUGUUUUCGCGGAAUCAAAGUUGCCCCUCUGCCUCACUGUCGUCAGGGGAUCUGAACGCUCGGCUGGGAAGACAAAGGACAACGAAUCCCCCGGGUCUCUCCGGUCUCUAUCGUCGGAGAUCUAAGAGCCAAAUCACGAGAGGCGGUGGCGGAAGUCGGAGCCAGUUGUGCGGCUGCUGUCGCAGACUGGACUUACUGGAGGAUCCUUCUUCGCCGCAUUCCGGCGACUAAUCCUGUGGAUUUGAGGUCCUCACGGAGCGGAGGGGUGGCUUAGAGGCGCCGGCUCGGAGUGAAUGUACAUCCCGCCUCUGCGGGGCACAGAUUUAUCUGCAGUCGACACUCGACAUGGAGGCGGAUGCGGAUGCGCCGAGGGUAUACCAGGCCUGGAAGGGAAGCAACAUAUUUUUUCUUCAGGGGAGGCUUAUAUUUGGCCCUGAUGCUAGAUCAGUGUUCCUCACAAUAUUCCUGAUUGUUGCUCCCGUUUCAAUCUUCUGUGCAUUUGUUGCUAGGAAACUAACAAAUGAUUUUUCUGAUUCCCUGGGUAUCUCUGUAAUGGUAAUAACUAUUGUCUUCACUUUAUAUGAUUUAACUCUUCUCCUUCUUACCUCUGGUAGAGAUCCCGGUAUAGUUCCUCGUAAAACACAUCCUCCGGAACCUCAAAUUCUUGAGGGCACUAAUGAAAUUGGAGGUGUCCAAACUCCACAGUUACGGUUACCACGAGUGAUGGAUGUAACUGUAAAUGGUAAAACUGUGAAGGUGAAAUACUGCGACACUUGCAUGCUCUAUCGGCCUCCUCGCUGCUCUCACUGCUCAAUCUGUAACAAUUGUGUGGAACGCUUUGAUCAUCAUUGCCCAUGGGUUGGACAAUGCAUUGGACUUAGGAACUAUAGAUUCUUCUACAUGUUCGUCUUCUCAUCAACUUUGCUGUGUCUUUAUGUCUUUGGAUUUUCCUGGGUGUGCAUAGUAAAAAUCAGAAAUGCCGAACAAAUAACUAUUUGGAGAGCAAUGAUCAAGACCCCAGCUUCUAUUGCCCUCAUAAUUUACACUUUUAUAUCAGUUUGGUUUGUCGGAGGCCUCUCCAUCUUUCAUUUAUAUCUUAUAAGCACCAAUCAGACUACUUAUGAGAACUUCAGAUACCGUUACGAUCGGAGAGAUAAUCCAUACAAUAGAGGAAUUGUGGUGAAUUUCAAGGAAAUCUUUUGCUCAAGCAUACCUCCCUCAAGUAACAAAUUACGUGCAAGGGUACAACGAGAGCAAGGGUACACAACACACUCUUCAGGUGGUGGUUUCAUGAGCCCGAACAUAGGUAAAUCUGUUAAUGACAUUGAGAUGGGCCGGAAGCCUGUAACCUGGGAUGAACUAAGGGCAGUCACACAAAUUGGUGGAGGAGAAGAGGGGCUAAGCAAUAGAAACAUGAUCGAUGAUAGGAAUGGUGAACUUGGAGAGGCUUCCCCUGAUUUAAGCAGGGAAGUUCUUGUGACAGGGAGCAUGGAAAUGCAAUCUGCACUGCACAAUAGGCGGUUAAGUUGGGGAAGAGGUGGAGGCUUGGAGAUGGCACCUGAUAUUCUAGCUGCGGCAUCUGCCACGUGGGAAACCAGUAGGACAAGCAAGGUUAGUGGCAGCAGCAGUACGGCUGUUGGAGACUUGUAAGUUCUUCUAAAGAUGACACUCCAGGCAUGGGUGUUCUACACAAGCUGUGUGCAGUAGAAAGAGCUGGUGUUUCAGCAUCUUGAUUCGUAAGGUAUCUUAUCUUUUGUGCGCUUCAUUCUCUUCUCUAUCCUGUGUUUCUUAUGAAACAUUUACUGUGUUGUUGUAGUCAUGAUUUUAGCUUUUCUUAGAAUAUUGGUCAAAGAUUUGGUUGUUUGUCACAUGUAUAUAUAUUUUUAGAACAUCUAUCCAAGAUAGUUUUCAACUGAAUA